CUCCCUGUGCCCAGAGGCGGAGACUUCGGCUUGUAAUGUGGAAGCACAGGCAUGAAGCCUGAUGAGCGAGUGUGACAGUCACCGCAAACCCUCUUCAGCAUAGACAGCAGCUCAGUCGGUGGCGGAAGAGACUACAGUCUGGUGGCAUAAUGAGUGGCAGAGUUGGGGAUCUCAGCCCCAAACAGGAGGAGGCCUUAGUAAAGUUCCGUGAGAAUGUUAAAGACCUGAAACCCAAGCUCCCCCCAUUCCUUCAGGAUGAUUACUUUCUACUGCGCUGGCUCCGAGCCCGAUGCUUUAACCUGCAAAAAUCAGAAAGUAUGCUCCGAAAGCAUAUGGAGGUUCGGAAGCACAUGGAUGCUGAUAAUGUGCUGGAGAAAUGGCAGCCCCCAGAGGUAGUCCAGAAGUAUUUGUCUGGAGGAUUGUGCGGCUUUGACCGGGAAGGCAGCCCUAUCUGGUAUGAUGUCAUCGGGCCCCUGGACCCUAAAGGGCUGCUGUUCUCCGCUUCCAAACAGGACCUCAUGAAGACUAAAGUCAGGGAUUGUGAGAGAAUGCAACAAGAAUGCCGAAUGCAGAGUGAAAAGCUGGGCAGAAAGGUUGAAGAGGUUGUGAUGAUCUAUGAUGUAGAGGGCUUGGGACUGAAGCAUCUAUGGAAACCUGCAGUGGAUUUAUAUGGGGAGGUCUUGCAAAUGUUUGAAGAUAAUUAUCCUGAGGCUUUAAAGAGACUCUUUGUGAUUAAAGCUCCUAAACUGUUCCCAGUGGCAUACAACCUUGUUAAACAUUUCUUGAGUGAGGAUACAAGGAGGAAGAUCAUUGUGGUAGGAGAUAACUGGAAAGAAGUGCUUCAGAAAUACAUCUCUCCAGAGGAACUACCCAAAUACUAUGGUGGGACCCUAGCAGACCCAGAUGGAGAUCCAAAAUGUAAAUCUAAGAUAAAUUACGGUGGAGACAUCCCUAAGACAUACUAUGUACGGGACCAAGUGCAGCAGAAUUAUGAGCACAGUGUUACUAUUAAUAGAGGCUCCAGUCAGCAAAUGGAGUAUGAGAUCCUGUUCCCAGGAUGUGUCCUCAGGUGGCAGUUCCAGUCAGAUGGCGCUGAUAUUGGGUUUGGUGUUUUCCGAAAGACAAAGGCAGGAGAGCGGCAGAAGGCUGGGGAUAUGAUUGAGGUGCUGCCUAAUGAAAGAUAUAAUGCCCAUAUGGUACCGGAAGAUGGGAGCCUAACCUGUGCAGACCCUGGGACAUAUGUUCUUCGCUUUGAUAAUACAUAUAGCUUCAUUCAUGCCAAGAAGAUUGGCUACACUGUGGAGGUCUUGCUGCCCGAUCGCAGUUCUGAAGAGAAGAUCCAGAAACUAGAGGAAAAGUUGGAGACUAGUCUAAGCCUUUAGGAAGGUGAAGGGGGGAACAUAAAUUAUCAUCCUCUCUGCAAAGCCCAUACAGGACUCUGAAACUACCCAGUGAAAGAGAAUAUUUGAUAACAGUGGUAUAUAGAAGAGACAAAUGAGGUUGUAUAAAUGCAAUAAGGCAUCUGCGUGCACACUAUAGGGACUGGUGUGAGUCCCUCCCAUGCCUUAUUGCAUUUCAGUUUACCAGUUUUUCUUUUGUGUGAUGCUCACAGAUGCCUCUAGAAAAAGAGAACAUACUAAUAGCUAGUAAAAAUAUAAAACUUGUGACAAGUACUGAAUGCAUAAAUAUACUUGAAGCACUGUAACACAGUCCAGAUUUAUUUUGGAGAAUUCCCUCUUUCAUAAUUUUUGGAGACACUCUAGUGAUCUCAUGAGAUAGAUAGAGAUUUGCAAUUAAAGAAGUAUCAUUAUUUUGAUUGUUAUUUCAUAAUUAUGUCUUAUGUUAUAUAAUAGGUGACACAUAGGCCAGUAACUGCUCCUGUGUUGGCAUGGCUUGAUGUGGUUUUUACAAUUCUAUAGAUCAUUUUGUCGAGGAAGGUUUAGGUGUAUGAAACAUUAAUCUAUGACAUAAGGGAGCCGAGCAGUGACGAUUCUAGUGAAGCAUGUCAGCUCCCGUGCAAAACCCGUGGUGGGUGGCUAGUUGAAAAUAAAAAUAGCCAAUACCGGAUGAGGUAAUUGAAAGAACCAAUAAAAAGAAAGACAGUGUAACAUAAACAUGGUCACUUUUGGUUAGUUGUUAAUGACUGACCAGGUCUAACUGUUAUGCUGGAUUCUCUCAUGGUAUCACAUAACCAAGUACCAUUAGUGUUUUUUUGACUAAUAUAUUCCCUUUUAAUGAUAUGGAAAAAACAAAAAUAUAUUUAGAAUAAUUAAUUAGUGAGAGGAUAUAAAAAAAAAAACUUCCCACUUGGGAUGACUUUUAAAAUGAAAUCUCAACUUCCUCACUCUAGUAGAGAUACGAGAGUACCAUACAUGGGAGCCCAGUCAGUUGGGUGGUCAGGUCUUAACCAGUGUGCUGGUUGAAGAUGAGUUGAUGGCUCCCUCUAUUUGUUCUAUCUACUCCAGUCAUCAUCCUGGCUGUGGCAGACAGAAUCAGAAUAAUACAAGGUUCAGAGUGGGGCAAAGAACAGAAGUUCUAACACUAGGAUGAAGCGCUGGACAAAGGUUCAGUUUAAAUUCAAUGAGAAUAGUUUUCAGGAUAAGGCAACCCCUGAUUUCCGCUAAGAUGAACCUCUGUUCUGUUCUGUUACUGUAGAACUGGAACACUCCACUAUGUGAAAGAGCAUAUUUUGUGUUAUUCAGCUGACACUACAUCUAAUAGACCUGUCAGGAACUGCUAUUAGCAAUUAUUCAAACCCACUGACUUUACCUUAUUGACAAGCAGAGGUCACAGACAGAGAAUGGCAUAAGAAAUUGACAAGCAAGAGGUAAUGAACACUUCUUGCAUGAUCAACUAUUGGGAUUGCACUGGGACUUUCAAAUCUAAUGAUCAGCAGGGCGGUCACCUGGCGGCAUUGGACAAGGCAGGUGUCACAUCAUAACUACAAAUUCUGUUAAUAUUUCUGUAAAUCUCAAUGUACUGUAGCAUCUUGUGUAAAUUAUAUCACAAAUCCAAUAUGAUUUUUAAGCCAACAUUUUGUCAAGUAUUGAACUUUUGUUUGUAUAUGUUUACUGUUUGAAUAGUUGAUUUUGUACCUGAAUUGCUAGCAGUCUAUUUAAUUGAAAUACAAUUGUCAUUUAUCUAUCCCAAAGAUAAAUUUGUCUGCACUGUUUAUUGUUUUUUUUGUAAAUCCAUAGGAAACUCACCUGAGUAUAGACAAACAUGUGCUGUAUGUUGUAUAUGCUGUGUCCAUGCACAGAAUCUGGUGUCAAUAUAUUGUACUGUGUUUACAUACCAUAUAAAGUACAGCAUAUGUUUUAUAUGUGCUCAAGUUAAAACAAUGUAUAAUACUACAUACAACUAUUACCAACUGAGGUAUAAAUUAUAAACCCCUAUUCAUUUUCAGCUUAUGUUGAACUUGGUUAAAACACUGAUUUUGUUAUGUUUUUAUUUUGAAUCCCAAAUAAGUUGUUUACAUUUUCUUGUUGUGUCUAUCAAUGAAAGCGGGUUGUAGAUAAGUAUGCAAGAUACAUACUUUGGUAUGGUAUGGUAUGGGAAGCUCAGGGCAGCGUGAACCAAACUCUGAAGGUAGCCACACAUGCAGUUCUGGUUUACAUAUGGGGAUUAUUCUAACAAAUAAUACUCCGUGGCAUGUGUGUUUGUGUGUGAUCCUCAGAACAAUAUUAUAUUUACAAUUUGAUCAUAGGUGAGGGCUCACUGGCCACUCGGGAAGUAGAAAGUACCCCCUUACAUUGUGACAGCCAACCAGAUCUGCAGUUCUGUGGUCAACUUUAAUUAACAUUUACAAACAUGGGGCCUGAUUCAGAUGUGGUUGGAGGAGCAAUUGCUGCUGCUUACGUGGAAGAAGCAGCAGCGAUGCACUAGUGUGUUAAUGCAGCAGAAAGCGUCUGAUAUAAGUAGACAACUGAUGCUUGCAUUUUUUGAUCCGUGCUGAUCACCUGCAACAAGGGGUCGCACAAGAUGGCCACCGCAGUUCCUACAAAGAGGCCAGGAAAUCUCCAUCUUCUGACAGAGAUAAUGGCCUCUGCACUCACCUAAAACGUUUUGGGAAGUGCCGCCCCCUAACUGACAGUCAGCAGCCGUAGUGCAUCCAAUGAAGCAGGACCCAUACUGCACAUGUACAGUACGGUUUCGGUUUGCAAGUGCAAAGAAACAUCAUCAGUACUUAGCACUAUAUGCCGCACCUACAUCAACUACAUCUGAAUUAGGCCCAUGUUUUCUUACAAUUAUCACUGACAUAGACUGUUUUCGAUUUCUCCCUACGCUUAAGUGACAUAGACGGUUGAUCAUGCACCUAAUUGUUUUUCAGUUUUCUGAGGUCUGUUUUUAUAUUAAAUUGAAUAAAUCUGCAAACAGAA